CAGAAAAUAAAGAAAAAAUCAAAAUUCGGAUAGUCGCCAAAAAAUUGACUUCCCCGAAGAAUUGUAUUUAAAGGCGAGCAAGAAACGAAUUUGUCAUCAGUUAAAUUUUGCUCCACAACAGUAAAACAACUACCAAACAAUCAAAAUGUUCAAAUACUUCGCUCUCGUCUUCGUCGCUCUCUUCGCUUUCGCCGCCGCCGAGCCUAAACCAGCUGUGGUCGCAGCACCAGUGGCCUACUCAGCCCCAUUGGUCGCUUCUCCCUACGCCGCUGCCUAUGCUGCCCCAUAUGCCGCUUACGCCGCCGCUCCCUAUGCCGCCUACGCUUCACCCUACGCCGCCUACUCCGCUUACCCAUACAGCGCCGCCUAUGUGCUCCGCAAGUAAACGGAAUGUAGCGACCGACCUGUGAUAGCAUCGAAUUGGACUUCAUUGGCAAUGAAUUGAAAGGACAGAAAAUAAUGAAAAGUUUUCCAAACAAACAACAAUAAAACACAAUUAAAACGAAA